CGGAGAGAAAGAAAGAGAGAGAGAAGAAAAGAGAAGCUCUUUGGUUUUCUCUUUCUCCUUUUCCCCAUUUGUUAAUCGAAUUCUUUUCCCCGUUUCCCUUUUCCGAGCUUUCUCUUCUCUUCUCCUCCUUCCUCCCGUUUAAGCCCCUGCUCAUUACUGCUCCUCUCGCGAGCACUAACAGCUUCAUUAAUGGCGGAUUAGACCUCCUCCUCUAUCUCUCUCUCUCUCUCCGUAGCCUUGGGUUUCUGGAAGCGAAACCAAAGCCGGAGUCUCCAGCUGGAGUUCAGCGAAAGAAGUAAGAGUAUAGAAGGAAGCGAACUCGGGGAAGAAUGCUGGACGGACUGUUAGGUCGAGGCUUUGCUGCGAAAUGCAAAUCGCUGAUAAAACAGACCAAGAUCCGGAUCGAUGUGAUUCGAAGGAAGAGGAGCGCGACUCUCAAGUUUCUAAAAAAGGACGUGGCUGAUCUGCUCGCCAAUGGACUCGACAUCAACGCUUACGGCAGGGUUGGUUCCCCGUCGAUAAUCAUCUUCUCAUGCUAUGGCGAUUUUGCUUGUUCUUUUGUGGCUCACUGCCUUGAUGAUGUCUUUGUUCGUGAUGGUGUAAAAUUGGAACAGGCUGAAGGACUUGUUGGAGAAUUGGUCUUAUCCUCUUGCUAUGAUUUUGUUGAGCGCUGUUGCGAUCUUGUGGUGAAGCAUCUCUCCGUCUUGCAAAAGAUGAGACAUUGUGCAGAGGACUGCAGGGAAGCUGUGUCUUCCUUGAUGUUUGCAGCCGCAAGAUUCUCAGAUCUGCCAGAGUUGCGAGACCUUAGGCAGCUUUUUCUGGAGAGAUAUGGCGAUUCCUUGGAAUUGUAUGUGAAUCAAGGGUUUGUUGACAAUAUGUCUGCAAAACCUGUAACGACGGAGAAGAAAGUUCAACUGCUGCGAGAUGUUGCAUCAGAGUUCUCCAUCAGAUGGGACUCCACAGGUUUUGAACAGAGGAUAUCUAGACCUUCUCCUGUGAAGGCUCAACUUAGAAGUCCUUCACUUGCUGGGAGCGGUAAAUCGGACCUAACUAAUGGCAAGGACAACAUCAACCAAGGUGUUAAACGUGAUGCCCAAUCCAAAGCAAGGCAAGAACAGAAUGAUAACCGUGGAUUUCGGUUAAUCAAAGAAGAGAAACCCGACUGGAAAAGAGACAACCCGAAUCCUCCUCAUCAAAGGACUGAAGUUCCCAGCAUGGUCGACAAAAUGCAAAACGGAGGAGAAAAAGAACCUACUCUGAGGAAGACGAAAUAUGACUCGUCUCCUCCAGCAAGGCCAGAAAUCCCUGUGGUAAAGAAGCAUGAAAUUCCUAAGCAGGCUACUCCUCCGAGAACGGUGGGUUUGGGCAGUUCCUCUCGGAAGACACAGCAGGCAAGCAUUGAUGACAGACUGAGCAACACUCCUCCCAAAUCAAAUGGCAUCGAUACCACAACUCAUGGAAAGCCAGAACCUUCUCCUAGCUAUGCCGGAAUGUGGGCAAAGGUCAACAGCAAAGAUCCAUUGACUAUUAUUGCAUCUCCUGGUCAACACUCUGCAGCAAAAAUUACGAGAGAUGCACAGGAAGACGAAGCACAGAAGUUCAAAUCUUUCUACAACAACGCCAUCCCGCCUCCUUACACUCGACCCAAUACUAAGCCGAAGGAUACCAAGUCUGCUAUCAACGCAUCAGCAUCUCCAACUACGGUUUUAGACACCGGUGCAGUUGAUACAUCCAGAGCACAAGAAAGGAUCAAUCAUGGCUAUCGCUCCGAGAACAACGAUCCACGACCAGCCAAGGGUGCCGAUGAACAUGUCUUCGACACCAAGGUGUACUAUCAAGGCGAGACGGUAGUCAACCCCAUACCGAAACCACGGCCCUCUUCACGGAGACGACACCAGAAGCCACAAACUAGCCACGAGGAUGCCGCCGGUGGCAUGGAAAGCGCGGGAGUGGCGAAGAGGAAAUCGAGAAGCAGGAACCGAAAGGACGACUCGAGGCGAGGCCUGCAGAUCCUGUUCGACGACGAGGUGCAUCAGAACGACGAGGAGGAAAGGAUAAUCGACAAGCUGCUGAUACACUACAGCAAGAAACCUACCGCAUUUGAUCCCGAACCUUCCCAGGUUCGAAGGAAGUCGUCAAGGAGUUCCAGUCGUCAUCAUUCCCGUGAUCCGAGCACUGAAGCAUCUUCCCAUCCAUCAAGAUCAUUCUCUCUCCCCAGCGAGCAACCAUCAACGGCAGCACCACCUCAGGGGAACAAAGUGUUCGCUCGUGCCGCUACCCUCGAGCCAGACCGGUCAGCCGCCGCUCGACACGUGCAUCCCAAGUUACCGGACUACGACGACUUGACCGCCCGGUUCGCAGCUCUGAAAGGGAGGUAA